UGGCCGCCGCCUGCAAGGCUGCCAUUGUGGAAGAGAGACCUUCUCGGAUUUCAAAAGAACGAUUCGAUCGUCGUAGCUCGCUCACCAUCCACUUAAGUCAUUCGGCAUCAAGAUCGCAUCUUCGGCCUCUGUAUGCCUUCAUCCGACAAAUCUGGGCCCCACUGGCAGCCGGACUCAUUUGCCGUCCCCACCAGUGAGUGGGUAAGUAUCGCCAAGUUAAGAGCGUGCCAAGUUGCCGGGGUGGGCGGCGCGGCGGUGGGCGGCCGCGCAGCCCUGCAGGCCCGGCCGGUGACCAGCCGCGGGUCGGAAUUCCCCUGGUGCGCUGGUGGCUCGCGCUGCGACCGGCUUCAUUCCGACCCGCCGCUCGGACCGGGUGGCACGUGCUCCCUGCGCUCUCCACACCUCCGCCAGCAUGAGGAUACUCGCUGUGGCAGUGCUGGUGGCGCUGGCAGCCGCCGCCGAGGAGGAACCCAAACGCGAGAAGCGUCAGAUUGUGUUCGGCGGCAGCGCGUUCAGCAGUCCGAGCCCGCACACCCGAGACCGCGGCUCGCCGGCGGCGCAGUGCAGCAGCGGCGAGUGCUCGCCGCUGGUGUUCUGCUCGGGCAUUGUCUCCGGCACCAGCCCCAAGACGACGGCUGCCGUCUGCGACCUGGGCGACGGCUCGACGGGCCUCUGCUGCCGCCGCGACCCCGUCCAAGCGUCUCCGGCCAACCGCAUCCGAAACCCGUUCACCAAGCCGUUCAAGAACGUCAACAUCAGGUUCAUCAACACCAACGAGCUGAACGGCGCGUGUCGCAAGGGCAUCCAGUUCGUGGACCAGCAGCGGCGCAUGGGCGAGAUGCUGCUGCAGCAGGACAUCCGCGUGCGCUCCAACACGCCCGACGCCGGACACUUUAACUUCUUCAAGACGUCCAAACAGGCGCUCGACAUGGGAAACAACGCCCUGUUCAACUCGGAGGCCGGCAACGGCCUGCUCAUGCAGUUCGGCCUGACCCCGGACCAGGGCGCGUUCGGCCUGCAGCAGUUCAGCGUGCUCAACACCAUCAUCAACCAGACCUGCGCCGCGCCGCCGCGCUGCAACCCCGGCUCGGUGUACCGCAGCGCCGACGGCAGCUGCAACAACCUCAACAACCCGGCCUGGGGCAUGUCGCGCACGGCGCUGCAGCGCAUCCUGGCGCCCGCCUACGAGAACGGCAUCUUCACGCCGCGCGUGGCGGCCGACGGCGGCGCGCUGCCCUCGGCACGCGACGUCUCCAACCUGGCGACCGGCAGCACCAACGACCCGUACCCCGACCUGGCCAUCUCGGUGAUGACCUGGGGCCAGUUUCUGGACCACGACCUAUCCAUCUCGCCCAUCUUCCGUCUCGAGGGCAGCUCGGGUAUCGAGUGCUGCACGGAGGAGGGCAAGGACCUGCCCGUCAGCCUGCGCCACCCGCAGUGCUUCCCCAUUCCGGUCUCAGAGUUCGACCCCUUCUACAGACAGUUCGGCCGCACCUGCCUCAACUUUGUCCGCUCGCUGCCGGCGCCGCGGCCCGACUGUAACUUCGGGUACGCCGAGCAGAUGAACGCGCUCACGCACUACAUGGACGCGUCCAUGAUCUACGGCUCUGACGACGAGCAGUCGCGCGGGCUGCGCGCCUUCCGCGGCGGCCUGCUGCUCAACUCGCGGCCCGGCGCGCUGCCCGUCGAGACCGGCGAGCUGGAGGAGUGCUUCGCCAAGGAGAUCGGCGCCGAGUGCUACAAGGCCGGCGACGGCCGAGUCAACGAGAACCUGCCGCUGACGGUGAUGCACACGGUGUGGAUGCGCGAGCACAACCGUGUGGCGCGCGCCCUGGACGAGCAGGCGCGCCGCCUGUACGGCCAGCAGCUAUCCGACGAGCAGCUCUACCAGGAGGCGCGUCGCAUCGUCACCGCCGAGUGGCAGCACAUCAACUACAACGAGUGGCUGCCCAUAGUGCUCGGCCGCCAGUUUAUGGACGUGUACGACCUGAAGCCCAAGACGAGCGGCUACUCGUUCGACUACCGGCCCGACAUCAACCCGUCCAUCAACAACGAGUUCAGCACGGCCGCCUUCCGGUUCGGCCACACGCUCGUCCAGAACCACGUCCAGCUGUUCCGCGACGCGCGGUCCCAGAGCGGCGCUCUGCAGCUGCGAGAUGUGCUCAACAACCCCAGUCUGCUGAACAGAGAGACGGGCAUCCUGGAGUCGGUGGUGCGCGGCUUCUACCUGCAGCGCGCUCAGCGCUUCGACGAAAACGUCAUCGACGACCUGAAGAACCACCUGUUCCAGCCGCCGGGCGGACGCCAGGGCAUGGACCUGGUGGCGCUGAACGUGCAGCGCGGUCGCGACCACGGCAUCCCCUCCUACAACGAGAUGAGGGAGAAGUGCGGCCUGCGCCGGGCCACCCGCUUCGAGGAUCUCUACGGAGACCUGCCCAACGACGUGGUGGACCGGAUGCGCUCCAUCUACCGUUCGGUGGACGACAUUGACCUGUUCCCGGCCGGCAUCGCCGAGCGGCCCGUGCCCGGCGCCCUGCUCGGACACACCUUCCUCUGCAUCGUCGGAGACCAGUUCGCCCGGCUCAAGAAGGGAGACAGGUUCUUCUACGACCUGGGCGGACAGCCGCACUCCUUCACAGAGGCGCAACUGUUUGAGAUUCGCAAGACCAGCUGGGCGCGUAUCAUGUGUGACAACGUGCCGGGUCUGGCGGAGGUGCAGCCUCUGGCCUUCUACACGCCCAACUUCUACAACCAGCUGACGUCGUGCAGCAGUUACGCGAUCCCCAGUGUGGGAUUCGCGGCCUUCGCCAGCCCGCUGCAGUAGCCGGCCGACGGCCCGCCCAGCCCCCGUGGAGUGAGCCCUCAGAAGGCCCGGGCCUUCUGAGGGCUCACCCGCCCCGCCCCGCCGGGAGCGACCGCCGCGCCGCGGGCAGGGGCCGGCGGCGAGCGGCAGGAACAGCCCACUGCGCCACCGCCUGACGCUGCGAGCCGCUCCCGUCCGGCGUGUCACCGUGAUCAGUGACCGGGCGGGCGGCCCACAGCCGGGCUCGGGCGCUGGCCGGUCGGCUGCUCCUGCCGACAGCGGCGGGCGGGGCCCAGAGACCGAUGGCCACUAGUAUUACCGCUGUAGUCGCGUCGUGUCCGCGGCGCCGAGACAGGGUUUGUAUACGAUUGACGAGUGGUGCCCAGCCCCCAGCGUGGGAGCAUUCAGAGAGUUACCCCAAAACAGAGUUACUCCAACUUUUAAGAACAUUUUUUGUAAGUUAUUGCUGCGGCUUGCGCCAUUGUCCGUGUCAUGUUGUUCGGGGAGAGGAGGGCUGACGGAGAUCAGUGAAAGAAAAUAUAGAACGUCUAUAUAGAACAGCUGCCUUAUCCACAUGUGAAUGAAUCGAGAAUGAUAUAGCAUUUCGAAGAGGCAGGGCCUCAAAAUACCUGUUGACGUACGGUGAAUAUAUUUGACAAGUGACAA